UUGGUGCGUGUGUGUGAGUGUGUUAAAGGAGGCUGCGUGCGGGUUUUCAUUUAACCGGGCAUUGUCCGUCUGCCACAGAAACAUUUGCUAACGUUAGCUUUUGGGCAAAGGGCGUGAAAGCUGGCAUCACCAGCGGUUCGCCCGCAGCGGCAAAAGGAGCGACAGAUUUUUUUUUGCGCUGGUUUGCACUGCGGGCCCCACAGUCAGCAAAACAAAAACACAUGGAGGCAGAGGAGACACCGCGGACUGUGGUCAGUUUUGGGACGAUUUCGAAAACUACACCGCGAACGAGGCGAGAGUUUGGUGGGGAACAUCUGAUGCAUGCAGCCCGUGUUGAACGCAGCAGGAUGUCUGAGUUCAGCGAGGAGCCGCGCUUCACUAUUGAGCAGAUAGAUCUGCUGCAGCGGCUGCGUCGCACCGGCAUGACCAAGCAGGAGAUCCUGCAUGCACUUGACACUCUGGACCGGCUGGACCGGGAGCACGGCGACAAGUUCGGCCGCCGAACCUCUUCCUCCUCCUCCUCCUCGUCCUCCUACGGAGUAGGCGGGGCGAACAGCUGCACCAACAACUCUGCCUCUAAUACUACUACCACAUCCUUCAACAAUAACAACACUGCCUCGGCAACCACCACCUCUUCCGUAUCAUGCAACGGCAACAGCGGCGCCAUCAACAGCGCCGAGGGGAGCACCGGCGACCACUCGGCCGCCGCCGCCUCUUCCACGACCUCCAAAAUCUCUACAGCCACGCAGACACAGUUCAACAGCGGCGGGGGGCUCUCGCCAUCACCUAGCAACAGCUACGACACCUCCCCACCUCCAGGGCCGCCGCCACCUUCUGCCAUCCUGCCAUCACCGGUGGCGCUGGUGGCGCUGUCACAGAACGGCCGUGACAGUCUAGCUGCUACGCCCAACGGAAAGCUGUCUCCUCCACGGUAUCCGGUGAAUAGCGCAGCAGCAGCGCGAGCGUUCGGGUUCGAGGCCACAGAAGAAGACCUGGACAUAGACGACAAGGUGGAGGAGCUGAUGAGGAGGGACAGCAGUCUGGUGAAAGAAGAGAUCAAAGCUUUCCUGGGGAACAGGAGGAUUUCUCAAGCAGUGGUGGCACAAGUUACCGGCAUCAGCCAGAGCAGGAUCUCCCAUUGGCUGCUGCAGCACGGCUCCGACCUGAGCGAGCAGAAGAAGAGAGCCUUCUACCGCUGGUACACGCUGGAGAAAACCACACCAGGUGCCACUCUGAACAUGCGACCGGCUCCGUUGCCUCUGGAGGAGAUGGAGUGGAGGCAAACCCCGCCUCCCCUCACCACCGCCCCUGGAACCUUCAGGUUGCGUCGGGGAAGUCGCUUCACCUGGAGAAAAGAGUGUCUGGCUGUGAUGGAGAGCUACUUCAACGACAACCAGUAUCCAGACGAGGCCAAAAGGGAGGAGAUAGCAAACGCCUGCAAUGCUGUAAUUCAGAAACCAGGGAAGAAGCUGUCGGAUCUGGAGAGGGUCACCUCCCUGAAAGUUUACAACUGGUUCGCCAACCGUCGCAAAGAGAUCAAGAGAAGGGCUAACAUUGAAGCCACAAUCCUGGAGAGUCAUGGGAUAGAUGUCCAGAGUCCAGGGGGACACUCCAACAGCGAUGACAUCGAUGGCAACGACUUCUCAGAGCAGGCUUGUGACCUCCCCUAUUUUGACAAGAGACCUCUCAGCCGACCAUUUGGCCUUUAUCGACUGGAGCCCACCUCACCGACACAGGACGACAGCGCAGCACACAGCGAGCACCAGGACCCCAUCUCUCUGGCCGUGGAGAUGGCCGCCGUCAACCACACCAUCCUGGCCCUGUCCAGAACCGGAGGGGUCCCCAACGACAUCAAGACCGAGUCCCUGGAGGACGAAUGAACUGCACAGGACCUGGAACGACCGGGGAGGGGGACGGGGGGAAGGAAGAGAGAGAACCGGAGUCGCGAUGGGAAAAAAGGGAAGGAGGAGUUAGAAAGAUGGUGGGCGGGGAGGCUAUAAAAAAAACAACAAAAAAAAGAGACCAAAAUGAUGCUACUUAGUAAAUCUGUCCCUCAGCCAGCCCCCUGCCAACGUCUCUCUCUCUCUCUACCUCCCCCCUCCUCCUCCUCCUCUCCCCUCCUCCCUCGUGGUCCAUGUAAACAGUAAUUACCCUCCUCCCCCCACCCUUCCACCACCCAACUCAAUGUAUUGACACAGCUGGAGGAAAUGGGUCACUAUAGGACCUCCUCUGUGGAAAGAAGAAAAAAAACGGGGGGCGACCCAGGCCUCUAACCUCCCCCAAAUGGGUGUCUGGGACUCUCUCUCUGUCUUUCUCUCUCUCUCCUCUCACAGGAUACCUCUUCUCUCCCCCUCUGCCUCCCCCCCUUACCUCCCCUCUUCCAGCCUGGUUGUCUGAGCCGAUUCCUCAGUCUAUCUCACCUCAACGUCAACCUCAGAAAAAUAACGUGUACUGUAUAUAUGAUAUAUAUAUAUGGUUCUUAUGGUUCUCAGUCACACUCACCUCAUGGUGCGCUACCUACCUACCUACCUACCUACCUACCUACUUACUUAUCUUACCCCUCGAACUCACCUCCUCAUCGUGCAAUUCAUCGGAAGAGCAGCCUCCAGCCGUCGUCUCGGGGAAUAAAGCUUCCUCCCUCUCUGGCUUCGAGGCAGUCAGCAGGAAUAAUAUCGGCAGACAAGAACUGUCCAGUCACUGUCUUUUACCCUCUAUAUUUAUCAUUCCUCCGUGGAAUGGCUUUUUAGUUGUUGUUUCCCGACAGUAGAGCUGCUAUUUUGGAUUUAAAAAAACAACAAAAUUUCUGCUGAAAACGAGAAGUCGCCUUAAAUUCCAGACUUCAGCCAAAGCCGACGAGGAUCUGAAAAAUUAGUCGGUGCACAAAGAAACACUUUCAGCACACGUUAAUAAGAAAAUUCGGCUUCUAUCCAACAGCAGCAGCACUGGUUUGAGUUCAUCCACUCGCUCUUCCUCUUUGUCUUUCGGCCCAGUUUGUGACUGGAUUAACAGUCGUUCUGCCUUUUUUGUAUUUAGCUCCCUGGUGACACUAUUGUUAAGUACUCGAGGCUGUGAGGAUCAGUUUAGGAUCAAUGUGAUAAUCAAACUUUUUAAGCUAUCUAAUAAGGGGAAUUGUGCUUUUUAUUUCUUUUGUUGUUUGUUUUUUUUGUUGUUUUUUUCUUUUUAAAUGUCAUCCAUGCCAAAGGAAAAGACGGCGCUAAGCUAAGACUGAUCUGAGAAAGGUGUUAAUCCAAAGCGAUUUCAAAACGUAACUCCUUUGGCAUACGUAGGGUUUUUGAAGCCUCUCGAGCCGGCGUGGGCUCGACACUACAGCAGGCCUGUGUCGCUAAAGAUAAUAGGUAUUAGCAGCCAGAUAUGUUACGAUAAAAUACCCCUAAGCUAUUUACUACUUCUGUGACGCUGCCUCUUUAUAAUAGCCUAAGUAAUGUGCUUUUUUAAAAAAAAUAAAUAUCUAAUUAGACUAAAUCCACACUGGAAAUGGUUAAGAUUAUCAGAAGAGCUUUUGAGGCGUUUUGUUUUUUUUAAUCAUCUAUGUAGCCUCAAAGGUAAAACCACCACCUUGAAGGGAAUCAAAGACACUUAAAGUGGUGAUGCUAGAAAUGACUUUUCACUGUUUGUUUUUUGUUUUUUUGCCCGGAGUGGAACUUUUCCAAAACCAUCUCUGGCUGACAGUCACUCUGCUCUAAGCCCGCCACACUAUGGUCAAGUAUUCAAGUUUUUAUUGUUGACGGGUGUCGAGAAAUUUGGGUGAAGAAAUCAAAAUUAUGGUGUGAAAUUUUUUGGGAAGGUGGGUAGAGUUACAUGAGAAGAUGGACGCCUCUCUUAUUGGAACAAAGGGACAGACUUACCACAUCCAGAAUUCUCCCACAAGUUUUAAUUCAAAAUUCUUGAAUGCCAAAGAUGGCGGUCGGACGACACACGUCGUUCUUGUUCCCCCCAAAAAGUCUCAAUCUUUGGAACAGGUGAAUGUGUCGUUACACCUUGUAGAAGUAUCACUUGUGGGGGAAAAAAAGCACCUUUUAAACCAUAUUUUGGGACAAAGUCACCAAACUUCCUAAUCAUUUUUUAAAAAAAAAUCCGAUGUAACUGGUGAUUCAGUUGGAAUGUGUUGUUCUGGCUCUCUGCAGAGUUUGUAGCCCAGAAUAGGAUCGCUGCUGAGCGGGAAGACUCGCCUACAAGGACUUUAGCAUAGCCAUGAGAAACACGAACUUUUCUUAAAGUUUUAAAAAAUCCCGUCUAGCAGCACCUCUAAAGCUCCUGAAUAAACCCUCUGAACCCUGAGCAGUUGUUCCUGCUUCUGUCCCAUUUUUCCUGUGGGCUCAUUUUUCUGUGGAAACAGCACAAGACCAGAAGUACAGAGAAGUGACUGUAUUGUGCCAUAUGACACAGCAGUCAUACCAUAAAUCAUAAACAGAUGCACCCACAAAUGUUACCAGGACUGGAAAAAUGGUGACUACAUACGAAUGAUAUGUCACUGUUUGCAUUGUUGGUGUGUUUCACUUCUCGUCUCCUCUCUGCUCUGUGUGAACACAACCUGCAGUUCAACCGAGAGUCACUGAAUAUUUUAUAUUACUGUAUGUUGCAGCUAAGGAGCACAGAAUUGUUUUCCAGAAUCUGGUAAAAGCGAUUCGUUACCACACCUUUUAAACCUGCCUGUGAGUUUCAGGGUUCAGAGGGUCAACAUGUGACAUUCAGUCUGAGUUUAUAAGUCAUGAAAGAAAGUCCACAGCGGCCUCCUCUGCCUUCGUUAUACCUCAACAGAUGAUGGAAAUGUGUCACUUUGGGAGCUUUUGAGGUGCUUUCUGCUCAGCUAAAAUUAGCAUUAGGUAGCUUACAGCGCACAACACGUGAAAUAGUGUUUUAAGCUACUGUUUUGUAUAAAACGUACAAAAUCCAGUUGGAUAACUAAUGAGCUGUAGCAUCACAAGGUGGACGAUUUAGUUUUUAUCUGUCUUCAGUUCAAACCAAACUAGCAGAUCUUCUCACUUUAACAUGAGAGCAGGUGUUGAUCUUCUCAUUGAAUUCUUGCCUUUUCCCAAAAAGUCAGACUGCUCCUUGUAAAGGAACCCCUGCCUUAGCGAUGGUUUUGGAGAACUGGGACAAUAUUCUACAAAGCAGGAUUAAACCAAACCAGAAAUCUCAUGUAGUUCCUCACGUCUGAAACAGUCCGACCUGGACGGCGGUGACGUACCUGUUACAAACACUCAAAGUGUUUUUUCUUUUUUUGUUAUUUUUUACGUCCACUUCUAAAGCUGUUAACUUCUGGUUCCUGCUUGUAUAAUCGCUCCCAGUCCGGGGCUCUAGUCUAGUUAAAGCUCUAUUUAAAUCUACUGCUUCAGUAUGUACGAAGCUGCGAUACAGCGACUCAGAACUGGGACCUGUGUUUCGAAAAGAAAGGGUUGAAAGCUAAAAAAAACAAAAAAACAAUAUGUAUUUAUACUCAUUUUUUUAUGGUAAUGUACAAAAAAAAAAAAAAGAAUGACAUAUGUUUUGAAAUGAACCAUGCUUUAUUGUUAAAUUGUUUUAAUUUCUCCUGACUUAUUUUUCUAUUAUCAUUUUAACUUUUUUUUUUUCUUGUCAUCCCUUAUUUGACUGAACAACAGUCCCCCCCUCUUCCUAUUUGUAUCCGAGGUCGUAAGCUAUUUUAUGAAAGACGAACGAUAUGAUGCACCUUAUGAAAAUUAUCGCUGUUGACUAAGCUUGAAACCUUCUCCCUCUCCCCCCCCCGAGCCUUUCGUUGAAAUGGCAAACGUCCAGUGUACAAUAAUGGGGCUGGUGUGGAAAAAUAAAACAUUUCAGUUCAGCUGCUUCACACUAUAUCACAUUAAAUCAAAGCCCCAGUGUCUCUAAAACGACGCCACACCAAACUCCUGAGACAAAUCUAGCUUUUUGUUCCCUCCAAUGCCGAUCUUCAUACACUAUAGCUUAGAAGAAUAGUAAACUACAGUUGCAUUAUUUACGACUAAAUACUGAUUCUAUUAUAAAAAGUUCCUUCUUCUCCGACUGCUAUUAGAAACCAAUGUGUUUUGGAUGAUGUGGGUUUGUGAAAUGUGUGGGCUAACUCGCUGUUGACACCCAAAACUGCUCCUUUAAGGCUCUGAAGUAUCUCUAAAGGAGCACAUAGCAACUUUACAAAGCGUAUGUACGAUAAAAACACUAUUUGAAGUUAACAGGCAAACUGUUUUUCUAUUUUAGGGAUUUUUCUCUAUGGAGUUUGGUGUGAUGUUCCCGUACACAGAAUAUUGUACGUUAGAAAGAUCAGACACGCGUGUGUGUGGGGGGGAAAUAAGACUACAAAGAGUGCAUUUAGAGAUUAUUCUCUCACUAUAAGACACUUUUAAAUGAACUGCCUUCGACUUUGAGAGAUGCCAUGGCCCAAUUAGCAAGUUUUAAUCCAUUUUAUGUGAGCUUGACAGAAAUGGUAACGGGGCGGAAGAAAAAUAAGAAACCCUCAGGCGCUCCCAGACGGAAGAUUCUGAGCUUCUUCCAGGAAGAGAAAAAAAAAACCUGGAAACCGACUGAAACAGGCUUUUCCCUCAACCCGAUGUCGUGUCGGUGGUUACUUUUUUCGAAGGGGCGUCCCUCUCGUGGUGUGUCAGGGUCAACAUGUCUACAUGUCCUUCCGUGUUUCCCCCCUAAACUCCCAAGUGAAACACCAUCCACCUCAUCCCAAUAUAGCUCAGAAAAAGAGGACUGAAUGCUGUUGUAUCAAUCUCGAAUCUAGUUAUGUUCAAAAUUACUGUAUUGCCCAUUUCAGAAUUUAGUGCCUUUUUUGGACAGUAGACUGUUCUGUAAUUAAGAUGUAGUAUAUAUACAUUUUUUUGUACAGUUUCUUUGUUCAUUUUUUUAACUUGUGUUUAUUUUAGUAUGAUAUAUAUAAUGUACAAGAGAAUAAAGCUAUAUCAAUGA